AUGUCUGCGGCUGUUACUUCGACCGUUUCGACCAGUCUAACUAAUCAUACCGAUACUCGUAAUUCUUCCCCAAUGGGUGCGAAAAAGGCGGGUCUAGACGAAGUGUCGCGUACUCCAUCAUCAUCAUUAUUAUCAUUAUUACUAUUGUUGUUGUUGGUCGUCAUACUAACGCGCACAUCUGCUCCGGAUACAGACUCCCGGGCGACCUCUUCGGAUCUCAAAGAUACCAAGCCUGAUGUAGAUCCUCAGACCUCGUUGGCGCCGCCUCCGCGACCAGCCAUAACAAGCGCGACUGAUACUCCCGAUUACUUCAAUUCCGUCCACAACCCUUUCUCUCUGGAACCCAAUCCCUUCGAGCAAUCUUUCGGCAGUGGUGGUUCCUCGGGCGAAACACCCGGAAAGUCGAUCCUUCCUCCUGUUGCAGCACUUACUUCACCUGCCCUGCCGGGCACAAGUUCUGCCGGCGGCGGCUACGGCUGGUCCAACUCUCUGCGCUCCGGGCCGCUGAGUCCUGCUAUGCUCGCCGGUCCGACUGGCACUAGCGAUUACUUUGACAGUAUUGGCAGGGGUUUCCCUACUCCUAACGAGUCUUCUCUCCGCACUGGAUUGACACCGGGCGGAGGGGGGUCUAUGUUUCCCGCUCCUAGUCCAAACUCUCAGGCACUUCUGCAGCAGUUGCAGAGUGGUGGUGCGACACCGUCGACUAUCGAGUUCCACCGUACUGCUCUCAACGCUGCCAAGAAGAACAGCUUAGGUGGUCCAACCUCUAACCCCACUUCCGAACCUGAUCCAGCGACGCAAAACUCCAAUAUGGAUAUUAAGCCGAACCAACCUGCAGGUUCCGACCCAUUCGGUCAUCAUGACGCUGCCGAUGCGGCCAACGGGCUUUUCAUGCUGGCCAAGGGCGGACAGGCGAAUCCCAACCAAUUCGCUGUGUCGAACCAAGCUUCGAUUCAGCCACAGAGUAUCCAGGCCAAUGACCAGCAACUUGAAUCUGGCGCUGAUAGACGUAACUCGCAAAACAUGAACGGUGUAUCAGGCAGAGAGACCAGCGGCGACGCUUCCGACAUGCAGGGUGAGCAGACGAAGCCUGCUGCCAAGGGCAAAGCCAAGAAGAACACUGGUUCCAAAGCCAGCACCGCAGGAAACAACAGGCGCAAGGCAGAAGAUGCACCUAAAGGGUCAAACAAGAAGGCCAAGACGAGUAACGGGUCUGGUAGUGUUGAGCCUCCUUCCGAUGUCGGGGAUUCUGAAGAUGAUGAAGAUGAUAUGAAGAGGAAAAACUCGACAGACACGAAGAAAAUGACUGACGAAGAGAAGAGGAAGAACUUCCUUGAGAGGAACAGGGUUGCUGCGCUCAAGUGUCGUCAGCGAAAGAAGCAGUGGCUUGCCAACCUUCAAGCGAAGGUGGAACUGUUUACCUCCGAGAACGAUGCGCUUACUGCCACUGUCACACAGCUCCGUGAAGAAAUCGUCAAUCUCAAGACUUUGUUGCUUGCGCAUAAGGACUGCCCAGUCUCCCAGGCCCAAGGGUUGGGUCCUCUCAUGAUGAAUGGCAUGUCGGCCGGAUUUGAAGCGCAUCCAUACAACAUCCCUAACGGUAUGAUACAACCUGGAGCACCUAUCCCUGCUCAGGGGCUACGACGGUAA